AUGAAUAAUGAACGAACUACACACACUGCAUCCAUAUUAGCAAGUGGAAAAGUAUUAGUUACUGGUGGAUAUGAUGCUAGUGGUGGUUAUUUGAAUAGUGCGGAGUUGUAUCAUCCAUCAACAGGAACUUGGAUAUCUACUGGUAGCAUGAAUCAUGCACGAGAGGGACACACCGCAUUGGUAUUAGCAGAUGGGAAAGUCUUAGUUACUGGUGGAUCUAGUAGUAGCAAUGAUUAUUUGGAUAGUGCGGAAUUGUACGAUUCAUCAACAGAAGCUUGGUCAAUUACUGGUGGAAUGAAUGAUGGGCGAAGUGAGCAUACAGCAACCCUUUUAACAAAUGGAAAAGUUUUAGUAACGGGUGGAUAUGGUGGUAUUGGUGGUUAUUAUAGUAGUGCUGAAUUGUAUGAUCCAUCAACAGGAACUUGGACAACUACUGGUAGCAUGAAUUAUGCACGAAAUGGACAUACUGCAUCCAUAUUAACAAAUGGUAAAGUAUUAGUUACUGGUGGAUAUACUGGUAGUGAUUUUGUGAAUAGUGAUGAGUUGUAUGAUCCAUCAAGUGGAACUUGGGCAACCACUAGUGGCAUGAAUGAUGCACGAUUUCUGCACACCGCAUCCGUGUUAAUAGAUGGGAAAAUCUUAGUUACUGGUGGAUCUAAUACUUUUAAUGAUUAUUUGAAUAGUACUGAGUUGUAUGAUCCAUCAACAGAAACUUGGUUAAUUACUGGUAGUAUGAAUAAUACACGAAAGCAGCAUACAGCAUCCAUAUUAACAAAUGGAAAAGUAUUAGUUACUGGUGGAGAUGGUGGUAGUGGUUAUCUCAAUAGUGCUGAGUUGUACGAUCCAUCAACAGGUACUUGGGAAACUACUAGUAGCAUGGUUUAUGCACGAUUGGCGCAUACCGCAUCCAUAUUAACAAAUGGAAAGAUCUUAGUUACUGGUGGAUAUAGCGACACUGAUGUUCUGAAUAGCACUGAAUUGUAUGAUACAUUAUCAACAGAUUAA